AGUUCCGCAACACCUCUCAAAACUAAAAUUUACAGAAAUGCAUUCACAAAUCGCUGUGGCCCUAGUUCUCAUCGCCUUUGCCGUCCUGUGUCAAGGACAAGGUAAUCCUCUAUUUACGGGACAACCUGGUUGCUUAACCCAAGAAGAGCUUACCGUCGGAGUCUAUCGUCAUUUUCGCAAUACCCGUGCCUAUUGGCGAUGCCAAGUUCUAGGAGUCGCUGCCAUUUUCGAGCUGUGUCCCCAAACUCAUAAAUUUUUGGAUACCGUCAAAGAAUGUGUUCCCUGGAAUCAAUGGGUUUGGACACCAACUGUUGCUCCACCAAGUUCACCGGUCGUUGUUGUGUCACAAUUACCGGUAUUCAACCAGCAGUAGAAUUCAUUGUACUAAGAAAUAAAUGAAAUACACGAGUUAUUGGAUUUUAUUC